GGUCGGUCCCGCCCCCUGGCGGCCGGUCUUGGCGCGUGUCCGUCAGUCAGUCGGAGUCGGGCGAGGAGGAAGGAGGCGCGCGGGCGGCGGCGGCGGCGGGCGAGAAACAAUGAGACGAGUGGUACGACAGAGCAAGUUUCGGCAUGUGUUUGGUCAAGCAGUGAAAAACGACCAGUGUUACGAUGACAUUAGAGUUUCUCGGGUGACAUGGGACAGUUCUUUUUGUGCAGUAAAUCCCAACUUCGUUGCAAUAAUAAUAGAGGCUAGCGGUGGUGGUGCAUUCCUGGUUCUACCUCUACACAAGACAGGUAGAAUUGACAAAUCCUACCCCACAGUUUGUGGCCAUACGGGACCUGUGCUUGACAUCGAUUGGUGUCCUCACAAUGAUCAAGUCAUCGCCAGCGGCUCAGAAGACUGCACUGUCAUGGUCUGGCAGAUCCCAGAGAAUGGGCUUACGCUGCCCCUGACAGAGCCUGUGGUCAUCUUGGAAGGCCAUUCCAAAAGGGUGGGCAUUGUGGCCUGGCACCCCACUGCGCACAAUGUGCUGCUAAGUGCAGGCUGUGAUAAUGUUAUCAUCAUCUGGAACGUGGGGACAGGUGAGCCCCUCAUAAAUCUGGACGACAUGCAUCAAGACAUGAUUUACAACGUGAGCUGGAAUCGGAAUGGGAGCCUCAUCUGCACAGCAUCCAAGGACAAGAAGAUCCGAGUGAUUGACCCCAGGAAACAAGAAAUUGUUGCAGAGAAAGAGAAAGCUCAUGAGGGAGCCCGACCCAUGAGAGCCAUCUUCCUCUCGGAUGGGAACGUCUUCACCACGGGCUUCAGCCGGAUGAGUGAAAGGCAGCUUGCGCUCUGGAACCCUAAAAGCAUGGAAGAGCCCAUUGCCCUCCAUGAAAUGGACACCAGCAAUGGUGUGUUGCUACCCUUCUAUGACCCAGACACCAACAUCAUUUACUUAUGUGGAAAGGGUGACAGCAGCAUUCGCUACUUUGAGAUCACAGAUGAGUCGCCCUAUGUGCACUACCUCAACACCUUCAGCAGCAAAGAGCCGCAGAGAGGGAUGGGCUUCAUGCCGAAGAGGGGCUUGGAUGUGAACAAGUGCGAGAUAGCAAGGUUCUUCAAACUGCAUGAGCGAAAGUGCGAGCCCAUUAUCAUGACUGUCCCUCGGAAGUCUGACCUUUUCCAGGAUGAUCUCUAUCCUGACACGGCUGGUCCAGAGGCUUCCCUGGAAGCUGAGGAGUGGUUUGAUGGAAAGAAUGCCGACCCCAUCCUUAUCUCAUUGAAGCAUGGAUACAUUCCUGGCAAAAACAGGGAUCUCAAGGUGGUCAAGAAGAACAUACUAGACAACAAGCUGGCAGCAAAUAAGAAAAGCGAUCUCAUCAGUGCCCCCAAAAAAGCAGCGGACACCUCAAACACCCAAAACGAAGCCAAAUUGGAUGAAAUUUUGAAAGAGCUCAAAUCUCUAAAAGGCACCAUCACCCACCAAGACGAGCGCAUUUCCAAGUUAGAACAGCAGAUGGCGAAGAUUGCAGUCUGAGAGCCCAGCAGCUGGGGGACCGGGGAGGAAAGGAAGGAACUCAAGCUGUGAGCCGACUGCAGGAUGGGGGCUGGGGGGAGUCACUGCCAUUGGGGAGGGCGUUCAUUUUCCAAAGCUGUCCCAGCACGACCACCUUGGGCGCUUCCCAGUCAAGACUUUCUCCUCCCAAAUUCACAAGCGCCAGCUGAAGCCAAUUUGAAGCCAAACCUUUUUAGUGAUUUUUUUUUUUAAAUUUCCUGAUGUUCUUGGUGACUGUGUAGCCAUUUCAAAACUGCUGCUGUUGUGACCUGUUUCUUCUCAUUGAUCUGAAAGCCAACCAUUCCACCUCUCCAGUGAGGAGCCAAUCUUGUCAGACUUCCUAGGAUUCAGGACCAAAAUUACGUCUUUUUUUUAAAAAAUCCUUUUAGAAAUUCCUUUUUUUAAAAAAACUUUAAAGUCAUGAUUUCCCCCCUUUUUAUUAUUUUGCAGUAUUUUGCAUUUUUAAUCUAAAGGAACAUUGCUUUGUGUGUAUAUGUGCCAUUCAGAGAACAAAGGAAUUUUGUGUAAGCCUUUUAAUCUUUGAACAGUUGAAGUGGUGGGUCCACUGCCAUGUCUGAAAGAUCCAACCUUGAAAAUAAUUUCAGCUCUCUUACAAAUGCAUCCCAAACCCCUGAUAUCCAUUCUUCUCCCCUCCCCUCCAUCCCAUCACAGGGACUGAAUGCUUUUUCCAGGGCUGAGUAUUGAAGUCUGUGUUGCCAUUAUUCAAACUUACAUUGUGCUUCUGGUUUAAUCUUAAUAGUGUCAAAACCUGGCAUGUCGUGGUGGUUGCUAAUUUUGGGUCCAUGUUUCCCUUCCAAUAUUUGUUCUAUUUAUCAUCUAUAUAUAAAGUUUUAAGAAUGACAGACAACCAAC